UCUGCGCUGCUGCUGCUGCUGCUGCUGCUGCUGGCCGAGCCCUGCUAGAGCCGCCAUAUUGCCCGGGACACAGACGCUCCGUCUCUGCCGCCGCAGCAACUUAGCUAUUCAUCGCUCUGAGGUUUUCUUUCUCCUCUUCCAGAACUAGGCUCCGUUGCGUCCCCUUAGCCGGCCUUGCCGAGCAGAGCCCCCUCCCUGAUCCCUCGUACUUCCGUGUCCUUCUCCAGGGACUGAGCGUAUCUGAUUCCCCCGGACUGGAAGGAAGAGAGACUGCAGGCCCGGCCCAGUCUAACGGGAGCUGCCUGGCAAGAAAAAGCGCCAACCCAGGCCUCGCCACUGAACGACAGUACUGCGGUCGUCGCCGUGAAGCGGCGGCCCCAAACAGCUGGUGACGCAAAACUGAAAAAAGGGGGGGAAGCCGCCCAGGCGCCCCCGAAAGGAGCUCUUCAGCCAGGUUCACGACACAGCGGGCGGCUUCCUCUAGCGUCUGGGUUGGCUAAGCCGGCGUGUAGAGUAGGAGCAGCCGUGCCUUGACUCUUCACCGGUAUGAGACGUAGCUCCGUGGGUUGCUGCUGCUGCGGCCGCCUGGGAUGAGAAACUCUUCGGCCACACCCGCCUCCUCCUCCUCCCCCCAUCGCCAGCAGAACCAGCAGCAGCAGCGCCCAGGAACGAAGCGGGCCUCGGCACCAGAGCCUGGAGCAGCGGCGGAAGCAGGGGACGCUGUGUUGGGAUAUAUGUUCAGUUUUCACAGUUGCAGUUUAAGUCCAGUUGUUGGCUUGGUUAAUUGACAUGUGGAUCCCAAAUACUCAGAAGUUAUGCAAUGGUCUCUGCAAGAUGGCUUGUUCUUGAGUUGGAGCUUUUUAAAACAGACAUAUGCUGGUACUUCAACUUUAUUAAGCGGACUAUAAGUUUUUCUCUCUCAACAACUACAUAAGCAGACAAGAUUGCAAAAAUCUGCCCUGUUUCGAGUAUGACAGCCACGACCCGUGGCUCUCCAGUAGGAGGGAAUGACAGCCAGGGCCAGGCUCCUGAUGGACAGUCCCAGCCUCCUCUGCAGCAGAAUCAGACUUCCUCACCUGAUUCUUCAAAUGAGAAUUCCCCAGCUACCCCCCCUGAUGAGCAGGGUCAAGGUGAUGCUCCACCACAACUUGAAGAUGAAGAGCCUGCAUUUCCACACACUGACUUGGCCAAAUUGGAUGACAUGAUUAACAGACCUCGAUGGGUUGUUCCUGUAUUGCCUAAAGGAGAGUUAGAAGUUCUUCUUGAAGCUGCUAUUGAGCUUAGUAAAAAAGGUCUUGAUGUUAAAAGUGAAGCAUGUCAGCGAUUUUUUCGAGAUGGGCUAACAAUCUCUUUCACAAAAAUCCUUACAGAUGAAGCAGUGAGUGGUUGGAAAUUUGAGAUUCAUAGAUGUAUCAUUAACAACACCCACCGCCUAGUUGAACUCUGCGUAGCAAAGCUAGCCCAAGAUUGGUUUCCCCUUCUUGAACUACUUGCAAUGGCCUUAAAUCCUCAUUGCAAAUUUCAUCUUUAUAAUGGUACACGUCCCUCUGAAACUGUCCCUGCUGGAGUUCAGCUGGCUGAAGAUGAACUUUAUGCACGUCCCCCAGACCCAAGGUCACCCAAGGGUUGGCUAGUAGAUCUCAUCAACAAGUUUGGCACAUUAAAUGGGUUUCAAAUCCUACAUGAUCGUUUUAUGAGUGGAUCAGCACUGAAUGUUCAGAUUAUUGCAGCUCUCAUCAAGCCAUUUGGACAGUGCUACGAGUUUCUAACACUGCAUACAGUGAAGAAAUACUUCCUUCCAGUUAUAGAAAUGGUUCCACAGUUUUUAGAAAACUUAACUGAUGAUGAACUGAAAAAAGAAGCCAAGAAUGAAGCCAAAAAUGAUGCUUUGUCUAUGAUAAUCAAAUCUCUAAAGAACUUAGCCUCAAGAGUUCCAGGGCAAGAGGACACUGUAAAAAACUUAGAAAUAUUUAGAUUAAAAAUGAUACUUAGAUUAUUGCAAAUUUCAUCUUUCAAUGGGAAAAUGAAUGCACUAAAUGAAGUUAACAAGGUAAUAUCUAGUGUGUCAUAUUAUACCCAUCGACAUGGCAAUCCUGAAGAGGAAGAAUGGCUUACAGCAGAAAGAAUGGCAGAAUGGAUCCAACAGAAUAACAUCUUAUCAAUUGUGUUAAGGGAUAGUCUACAUCAACCUCAAUAUGUAGAAAAAUUAGAGAAAAUUCUUCGUUUUGUCAUCAAAGAAAAGGCUCUCACUCUGCAAGACCUUGAUAACAUUUGGGCUGCCCAGGCAGGGAAACAUGAAGCCAUUGUGAAGAAUGUACAUGACCUUCUUGCAAAAUUGGCCUGGGAUUUCUCUCCUGAACAGCUUGACCAUCUGUUUGAUUGUUUUAAGGCAAGUUGGACAAAUGCAAGCAAAAAGCAGCGUGAAAAGCUACUUGAACUAAUUCGUCGUCUUGCAGAAGAUGACAAAGAUGGUGUGAUGGCUCACAAAGUACUGAAUCUUCUAUGGAAUUUAGCACAUAGUGAUGAUGUUCCUGUUGAUAUCAUGGACCAGGCUCUCAGUGCACACAUUAAAAUCUUAGAUUAUAGUUGUUCACAGGAUCGAGAUACACAAAAAAUACAGUGGAUAGAUCGUUUUAUAGAAGAGCUUCGCACAAAUGACAAAUGGGUCAUUCCUGCAUUAAAACAAAUUAGAGAAAUUUGCAGUUUGUUUGGUGAAGCACCACAAAACUUGAGUCAAACUCAACGAAGUCCACAUGUCUUUUAUCGCCAUGAUCUAAUCAAUCAACUUCAGCACAAUCAUGCUCUAGUAACGUUAGUUGCAGAAAAUCUUUCAGCAUAUAUGGAAAGCAUGAGGCAAUAUGCUAAAGAGCAUGGAGAAUAUGAUCCACAAACUGUAAGACCAGGGAGUAGGUACAGUCAUGUGCAAGAAGUUCAAGAACGGCUGAAUUUCUUACGAUUUUUACUGAAAGAUGGGCAACUAUGGCUCUGCGCUCCUCAGGCAAAGCAAAUAUGGAAAUGUUUAGCUGAAAAUGCAGUCUACCUGUGUGAUCGUGAAGCCUGUUUUAAAUGGUAUUCUAAACUGAUGGGAGAUGAACCGGAUUUAGACCCUGACAUUAAUAAAGACUUCUUUGAAAACAAUGUUCUUCAAUUGGACCCUUCACUUUUAACAGAAAAUGGUAUGAAAUGUUUUGAGCGUUUCUUCAAAGCUGUGAACUGUCGAGAAGGGAAGCUAGUUGCAAAGAGACGAGCCUACAUGAUGGAUGACUUGGAGUUAAUAGGAUUGGAUUAUCUUUGGAGGGUUGUAAUUCAAGGAAAUGAUGACAUUGCCAGUCGAGCAAUAGAUCUCCUAAAAGAAAUCUAUACCAAUCUUGGUCCAAGGUUACAAGUUAAUCAGGUAGUAAUUCAUGAAGACUUCAUUCAAUCCUGCUUUGACCGUUUGAAAGCAUCUUAUGAUACUUUGUGUGUUUUGGAUGGCGAUAAAGACAGUAUUAAUUGUGCAAGGCAAGAAGCGAUACGAAUGGUGCGAGUGUUGACUGUUUUAAGGGAGUAUAUAAAUGAAUGUGACAGUGAUUACCAUGAAGAGCGAACAAUCCUACCAAUGUCAAGAGCUUUUCGUGGUAAACAUAUCUCUCUGGUAGUUCGUUUUCCCAACCAAGGUCGGCAAGUGGAAGAUUUAGAUGUUUGGUCCCAUACAAAUGACACAAUUGGUUCGGUCAGACGUUGCAUUCUAAACCGUAUUAAAGCCAACAGUGCGCAUACGAAAGUAGAAUUAUUUAUUGGAGGCGAGCUAGUAGAUCCUGUAGAUGAUAGGAAAUUAAUUGGACAGCUCAAUCUCAAAGAUAAAACACUAAUUACAGCCAAGCUUACGCAGAUAAGUUCCAAUAUGCCUUCAAGCCCUGAUAGUUCUUCUGAUUCCUCUACUGGCUCUCCUGGCAACCAUGGCAAUCAUUAUAGUGAUGGUCCAAAUCCAGAAGUUGAAAGUUGCUUGCCUGGAGUUAUUAUGUCACUGCAUCCUAGAUACAUCUCAUUUCUUUGGCAAGUUGCAGAUUUAGGCAGUAGCCUAAAUAUGCCACCUCUCAGAGAUGGUGCACGUAUCCUUAUGAAAUUAAUGCCACCAGAUAACACUACUGUAGAGAAGCUUAGAGCUAUUUGUUUAGAUCAUGCAAAGCUUGGUGACAGCAGCCUUAGUCCAUCCCUUGAUUCUCUUUUCUUCGGUCCUUCUGCCUCACAAGUGCUAUAUCUCACAGAGGUAGUUUAUGCCUUGUUAAUGCCUGCCAAUUUACCUCUGGGAGAAGAUGCCACAGAUUUCCAGUACAACUUCUUAAAAAGUGGUGGCUUGCCUCUUGUGCUGAGUAUGCUGACCAGAAAUAACUUUCUGCCAAAUGCAGAUAUGGAAACAAGAAGGGGUGCCUACCUAAAUGCUCUAAAAAUAGCAAAACUGUUGCUAACUGCAAUUGGCUAUGGCCAUGUGAGAGCUGUGGCAGAAGCUUGCCAACCAGUUGUGGAGGGCACAAACCCAAUGUCACCGAUCAAUCAAGCGACUCAUGACCAGGCAGUGGUCUUACAAACUGCUCUGCAGAACAUUCCCAAUCCAACCUCAGAGUGCAUGUUAAGAAAUGUAGCAAUACGCCUUGCGCAACAAAUAUCUGAUGAGGCUUCAAAGUAUAUUCCUGAUAUUUGUGUUAUUAGAGCAGUACAAAAAAUAGUUUGGGCCUCAGGAUGUGGAUCAGUGCAGCUGGUAUUCAGCUCAAAUGAGGACAUUAGUAAAAUUUAUGAGAAGACAAAUGCAGGCAAUGAACCAGAUGCAGAAGAUGAACAAGUUUGUUGUGAAGCACUUGAAGCAAUGACCCUUUGUUUUGCUUUGAUUCCAACAGCAUUGGAUGCACUUAGUAAAGAAAAAGCAUGGCAGACAUUUAUCAUUGACUUGCUGUUGCAUUGUCACAGCAAAACUGUUCGUCAGAUGGCACAGGAGCAGUUCUUCUUAAUGGCUACCAGAUGUUGUAUGGGACAGAGACCUCUUCUUUUCUUUAUUACACUGUUGUUUACUGUAUUAGGGAGCACUGCACGAGAACGUGCAAAGCAUUCAGGGGAUUACUUCACUUUAUUAAGACAUCUUCUUAAUUAUGCAUAUAACAGUAAUAUUAAUGUGCCCAAUGCUGAAGUUCUGCUUAAUAAUGAAAUUGACUGGCUUAAAAGGAUUCGGGAUGAAGUGAAAAGAACUGGAGAAACAGGUGUAGAAGAGACUAUCUUAGAAGGUCACCUUGGUGUAACAAAGGAAUUAUUGGCAUUUCAAACUCCAGAAAAAAAAUACCAUAUUGGCUGUGAAAAGGGAGGUGCUAAUCUUAUUAAGGAACUAAUAGAUGAUUUCAUCUUUCCAGCUUCUAAUGUUUACUUACAGUACAUGAGGAAUGGAGAAUUGCCGGCUGAGCAGGCCAUACCAGUCUGUAGUUCCCCUGCUACCAUUAACGCUGGAUUUGAGCUGCUAGUAGCACUGGCAGUGGGUUGUGUUCGAAACCUCAAGCAAAUAGUAGAUACUUUGACUGAAAUGUAUUAUAUAGGUACCGCGAUAACAACUUGUGAAGCACUAACUGAGUGGGAAUAUCUGCCACCUGUUGGACCACGACCCCCAAAAGGAUUUGUAGGACUGAAAAAUGCUGGUGCUACUUGUUACAUGAAUUCUGUCAUUCAACAACUAUAUAUGAUACCUGCCAUCAGGAAUGGAAUUCUUGCCAUAGAGGGCACAGGCAGUGAUGUAGAUGAUGAUAUGUCUGGAGAUGAGAAGCAAGACAAUGAGAGCAAUGUUGACCCACGAGAUGAAGUAUUUGGCUAUCCACAUCAGUAUGAAGAUAAGCCAACUUUAAGUAAAACAGAAGACAGGAAGGAAUACAACAUAGGUGUAUUAAGACAUCUUCAAGUCAUCUUUGGUCACUUAGCAGCGUCUAGGUUACAGUACUAUGUACCAAGAGGAUUUUGGAAGCAGUUCAGACUCUGGGGUGAACCUGUAAAUCUGCGUGAACAGCAUGAUGCUUUAGAAUUUUUUAAUUCUUUGGUGGACAGUCUAGAUGAAGCUUUAAAAGCCUUGGGUCACCCAGCAAUGCUAAGUAAAGUUUUGGGUGGAUCCUUUGCUGAUCAGAAGAUCUGUCAGGGUUGCCCACAUAGGUACGAAUGUGAAGAAUCUUUUACAACACUGAAUGUAGAUAUAAGAAAUCACCAAAACCUGCUUGACUCCUUGGAACAGUAUGUCAAAGGAGACUUACUGGAAGGUGCAAAUGCAUAUCAUUGUGAAAAAUGCAAUAAGAAGGUUGACACAGUGAAGCGCUUGUUAAUUAAAAAAUUGCCACCAGUUCUAGCCAUCCAGUUAAAACGAUUUGACUAUGACUGGGAAAGGGAAUGUGCAAUCAAGUUCAAUGAUUAUUUUGAGUUUCCACGAGAGUUGGACAUGGAACCUUAUACUGUGGCAGGAGUAGCAAAACUAGAAGGCGAUGAUGUAAAUCCUGAAAAUCAACUAAUACAGAAUGAACAAUCUGAAAAUGAGCAUUCUGGAAGUACUAAAUACAGACUAGUAGGCGUGUUGGUGCAUAGUGGCCAGGCCAGCGGUGGUCAUUAUUAUUCUUACAUUAUUCAGAGAAAUGGUGGAGAUGGUGAGAAAAAUAGAUGGUAUAAAUUUGAUGAUGGUGAUGUAACAGAAUGCAAAAUGGAUGAUGAUGAAGAAAUGAAAAACCAGUGUUUUGGUGGAGAGUACAUGGGAGAAGUUUUUGAUCAUAUGAUGAAGCGCAUGUCCUACAGACGCCAGAAGAGAUGGUGGAAUGCUUAUAUUCUUUUUUAUGAACGUAUGGAUACAGUAGAAAAAGACAAUGAACUAAUAAAAUACAUUUCUGAACUUACAAUGACCACUAAACCCCAUCAGAUUAAAAUGCCAUCUGCCAUUGAGAGAAGUGUACGGAAACAAAAUGUACAAUUCAUGCAUAACAGAAUGCAGUACAGCCUAGAAUAUUUCCAGUUUGUAAAGAAAUUGCUGACUUGUAACAGUGUCUAUCUAAAUCCUCCUCCAGGACAAGAUCAUCUGUUGCCUGAAGCAGAAGAAAUAACGAUGAUUAGUGUUCAGCUUGCUGCUAGGUUUCUCUUUACCACAGGAUUCCACACAAAGAAAAUAGUCCGUGGUCCUGCCAGUGAUUGGUAUGAUGCUUUGUGUAUUCUUCUUCGUCACAGCAAGAAUGUACGUUUUUGGUUUGCACACAAUGUCCUUUUCAAUGUUUCAAAUCGCUUCUCUGAGUACCUUUUGGAAUGCCCUAGUGCUGAAGUGAGGGGAGCUUUUGCAAAACUUAUAGUAUUUAUUGCCCAUUUUUCAUUACAAGAUGGACCAUGUCCUUCACCUUUUGCUUCACCUGGACCUUCUAGUCAGGUCUAUGACAAUUUAAGCUUGAGUGACCACUUGCUGAGAGCUGUACUGAAUCUUCUUAGGAGGGAAGUGUCUGAGCAUGGGCGUCAUUUGCAGCAAUAUUUCAACUUGUUUGUGAUGUAUGCCAACUUAGGUGUAGCAGAAAAAACACAACUUUUAAAAUUAAAUGUGCCUGCCACAUUUAUGCUUGUGGCACUGGAUGAAGGUCCAGGUCCUCCAAUCAAAUACCAGUAUGCUGAACUUGGCAAACUGUACACUGUGGUAUCGCAGCUAAUCCGCUGUUGCAAUGUGUCAUCGCGUAUGCAGUCUUCUAUCAAUGGUAAUCCUCCACUUAGCAAUCCCUAUGGAGAUCCUAAUUUAUCACAACCAAUAAUGGUACUUCAGCAGAAUGUGGCAGACAUCUUGUUUGUGAGGACUAGUUAUGUGAAAAAAAUAAUUGAAGAUUGCAGUAAUUCAGAAGAAACUAUCAAACUACUUCGCUUCUGCUGCUGGGAGAAUCCUCAGUUUUCAUCUACAGUCCUCAGUGAACUGCUUUGGCAGGUUGCAUAUUCUUAUACAUAUGAACUUCGACCUUACUUGGAUCUCCUCCUACAAAUCUUGUUAAUUGAGGACUCAUGGCAAACUCACAGGAUUCACAAUGCACUUAAAGGUAUUCCAGAUGACCGAGAUGGGCUAUUUGAUACCAUUCAGCGCUCUAAGAACCAUUAUCAAAAACGAGCUUACCAAUGCAUAAAGUGUAUGGUAGCUCUCUUCAGCAACUGUCCAGUAGCGUACCAGAUCUUACAGAGCAAUGGAGAUUUGAAGAGAAAAUGGACCUGGGCAGUAGAAUGGCUUGGAGAUGAGCUUGAACGUAGGCCGUAUACUGGCAACCCACAGUAUACUUAUAACAACUGGUCCCCACCAGUCCAGAGUAAUGAAACAUCUAAUGGGUACUUUCUGGAGAGAUCACACAGUGCAAGAAUGACCCUUGCAAAAGCUUGCGAGCUGUGCCCAGAGGAGGAACCAGAUGAUCCAGAUGCCCCUGAUGAGCAUGAGUCCUCUCCACCAGAAGAUGCUCCACUAUAUCCUCAUUCACCUGGCUCCCAGUUUCAGCAGAAUAAUCAUGUGCAUGGACAACCAUAUACAGGCCCAGCAGCACAUCAUAUGAACAACCCUCAACGAACUGGCCAACGAGCACAAGAAAAUUUUGAAGGCAGUGAAGAGGUUUCACCGCCUCAGACAAAAGAAUAGUAGAAAUGCACAUAAUUAACUUGCUCCAUCAAGACUGUGCACCCAGGCCUUACAGUCCAACUUUUCUCUGUGUCUGGCUAAUAUUUAGAAAAAAAACUAUUCCUAAUCAACAUGGAGUGAAGAGUCUAUUCACUGUCUUAUCUGCAGAAAAUUGCUGUCAAUAUAUAACCUGCCUGCAGUGGAAAGUGUAUAGUGUUUUGUAAUAAAUGGCCUGAUGCUAAUGUGUAAAUGGCAAAGGUGUAUAUAGUAUAUUAAUGUUUGACUGUUAAUUCUUAAGCAAGAAACAUUUUUUGUCCUGAUGAGACUCACAGAUCUACAACAAUUAAUUUCUUGAUAUAUCUGCUGCGCUCUACAACCAGUGUUGCCUGCCUAAGGGCAGUUGGAUCAACUCCUUCCCCUCUCCACGAAAAGUAAGCCUCUCCAUGUCAACCAGAAAAAUAGUUUCAUGUAAUUCUUUGCCACUGGAGUCGAUUUUACUAUGAGCAGCGUAAUGACUGGUAACCUUUUAAUUAUUUGGUUGAUGUGGAAAAUUGGUGAUGUAACAUUGUUUCUAGGUCUUUUUUCAUUGCCUUUUUCAUUCUGGUAUUAGGUUAAUCACUUUGAAGCUAUAGUUAAGCUGCAACAUUUAGCAUGGCUUCACACCAGGUUAGUGUAGCCAGUGAGGAAAUAAAAAUGACAGUUGUCCCAAAGAGACAGCUGUCAAGUUCAGAGCCUUUUCUUCUGACAUCUAGAUUAUAAAGCAGGGAGGGGAGGGUUGGGCAGUGUGACAGACAAGUGGUUUCCAGUUGCACAUAUGUUCCUCACAUCUAAUGUUUGACAGUUUUGUCUCUGGGUGGGAUAAAAGAACACUUAGUUUUCAGUAAUAGGAAAUUAAAAGAUUUAAAACAAAUAUGCAAAUUUUUGCUAUGCCAGGAUGCCUGGAGCAUAAUAGACUGUAUUUGGUGUGCUUGUUUUGUUUCUUUGGUAGAGCUUAUUUGAUAAAUUUCUAACACUUUCCUUUCUACUGCACUGCAGUGAAAUGGAAGUCAACAAAAUCACACAAUACUUGUGCCACUGCACCAAGUAAACUUGCUGGUUUUCCGCUCAUUCACAAUUCUACUUGAAAGCAAGAAUUGUCUUAGUUCUUUAUCCAUAAGAGAGAUCUUAACCUUAGAAGCAGGGUUUGAUUAUUAAAAAAAAAACACAGCUACCGGUUAGUCAAAUACAAAUCUGAGGUAUCUCAAUUCCAGAGUAAACAUUUGUUUAAAGACUUCAAGGAACACAUCAGUAAAUACUGUAUUUAAAUUAAAAUUGGUAACUUGAAUGUGUGUAAUUAUUUUGAAACCUGUCGAGAAACCAAAUACCCCUGCAAAACAGAUACAGCCCACCCUAUACUAUUUAAAUAUUUGCUGUUUUAUUUUAUAGAAAUUAUUUUGCUGAAUUCACAAAUAGAAUUUGAUUUAAGAAGAUCAUUUUUGUCCUGUGGUGUGUGUGUGUGGUUUUUUUUUAAACACUGCACAGGUAUUUGAAUUCUGUGCACUAUACUGAAUUCUGGAACUAAAGUCGCAUUGAGAUUUGGUGGACAGAAAUUUGACCCUUGACAAAGAAUAAAAAAAGGAAAACUGUAAUAGUUUCUUAAUGUGACUAUCUUGUACUUUUUGUAUGUUUUAUAUAUACAUAUAUAUUUAAUGAGCACAAGCUUGAUGGUAUUUUUUACAAUUGAGUUAAUACAAACAACGCUGCUUAUCAAACCGAGGAUUUAUAGUUAAAAUGAACAAAGUGAGAAAAUCACAAGUGCGUUCUUUUGCAUUUAGUGUAAUGAGAUAGUCUUAAAUCAUUUUUAAAUAUGCUAUGUAGCAAUGAUCACUUUACCCUUCCAGAUUUUCUUUAGUAUUCAUGUUAAUUGUUAUGCUUCUAAUAGCACUUAAUUGGACUGGUUCAGAACAUUUGAGUGAAACAUUCCCCAUGUAUUUGGGUAUGUUUACUACUUGCUCAAAUCAAACUAUUAAUCUGCUUUUGUAUUAAGAGCUGCAACAGUUCUCUCAUAUUCCCUUGGACCAGUAAUUAUUGUUAAAUAUAUUAUUUCAAAAGUUAUCUUUGCAUACAGAAACAUGGAACUUGUUACUCUGGCCUUGGAAAGAAUGAUGAAGUGUGAAGUGAUUGUGGAAAUGUUUUUGUUUUGUCUUAUUUUAAAGAACACUUUAUUUUCACAAGGCUGUAACUUGCUUUUCCCUUCCAUGGGAAAACAAGUUUUCAGAUGACCAGUUUUGGGGAUAUUGUGGCUAAUCUUUUUCCCCUGGAAGAGACUCUUCUGAGAUGAUGGCCUCUUUGAAAUUAAUGUGUAGCAGAAACCUGAGAAGUAAUUUCCGUCCUUCUGUCCUUCCUCCCUUCCUUCCCUCCUCCCUUCCUUCCUUGGAAAAACACCAAAUUUAUUUCAUUUUAAGUGAAAAAUGUUCUAAAAGAAUAAUGCAUGGUUCUGUCAGCUUUGGCAGCAGCCACUUCAAAGCUGUAAUGUAAUACCUCAAUAUUAAUGGCACACAUUAAAACAAGUCCUCAAAGUGCCUAAAUGUUUAAUUUUACUUUUCCACUACUUAUUAAAUCCUGUUUUUUGUUUGUAACAGCUAAUGGAAAAUCCCUGUCUUCCAUAAAAGUGAUCCAUCCAACAGUAAUCUUACAUUUUUCCUAACAAUUUGACAUUAAAUGUAAAGAAAUUGAACACCUGUAGGAAAAGCUCUUAGUGUGUUUGUAACCAGAAUGUGUUUAUGUAAAUAGAUUCCUUCACUCUAACAGGAACAGUUCCAUGUGCAAAUGAAUCUUUUGCCACUGUCUUCAGUGAGUAAUCUUUCUAUUUUCUGUUCUCGUGUUAAGCCAACCUAGUUAAGGAGGUAUGCAUGGCUGCCAACUUGCUGGGGAAUUGUUAUAUACUGUCACUUUGAGGAAGCUUUUGAAUGCCAAAAGUCAUGGGAGCCUCACUUUUUUUAAAAACCUAGAUUCUAGUUUUUAGUGGUUGUGGAAAGAACUGAAAGCAUGUCUGCAGUGUCCUCUGAAGAUUCAAAAACCAAAAGAUAAAAAGACCCAAAAUGGAAUUUUAAACCUCAUAAUUCAUAAGCCAUGUAAUGUCUUUUAAAACUGACCAUGAGUUUUGAAGAAUUAGCUUUAGAAAUGCAUGUAUUAAUUUGGUUUGCUUCCCAAACAGAAUUAAGUUGUAACUAGUAAAACCUUUGCAGGCAGUGUAUGUAUAUGUGUAUAUGUAUGUGUGUGUGUGUGUGUGUGUGUGUGUGUGUGUGUGUGUGUGUGUGUGUAUAUAUAUAUAUGUAAUAAGACUUUGGGUGUCAUUUCUUCAUGUAAUUAGUGCAUUAUGAAGGAAGAAAAAUAUGUAUUUGAAAUUUUAAAAGGUAGAAAUACAGUAGGUAAGUUGUUGUUCUGCUAGAUGCACCUUCCUAUGGAACUGAACUUUACCUUGUGACUACCACCACAGUGGUAUUUUCAAAAUGGAAUUGCACUUUAAGAACUUACUGCAAAAUGUUCAUUGGCAUUAGUGUCUGUGUUUCCUAGAAAGUAUAUUUUCCUAGUUUCCUGGGUGGCACAAUGUACUGGGGUUGUCCUCUGCAUAGUUCCUAUGUAUUUCAGUGGCACUCGAAUAAAAGUAGUGCUGUGCUCCUGGGACAAGCCCAUCAAUUCUCAUGGAGAUGGAGUUAAGAGAACUUUGUUUCUCAAGUUUUGUAUCAUUUAUAUACAUGCUGGUAGCAUUAGGAAACAUGACUAUAUGGCUAACUUAUUUUUCUUAUUCUGUAGGAUACAUCAUGGGCAUUUUUAGCAUUAUUAAAGCAAUUUUGUGAGGAUCCAUAUUCUUUUUAUAUAUUUUAUAGAAAUGGAAAUAUAAGACGUUAGAAAGUUCUCAUAGCAGAAGACAGAAGUACGAAAGAAUUGCAAACACAUUUCUCCUGAAUGGAGAUUAUGGCAGAUAACAGAAAACAGAGGUGGCAUAGAGCUGGUUCAUGAUGCCCUGUCAACUUAAUGACCUAUUUGUAAAAGGGCCAUCUUAAGAGUUAAGUAUCCUGACUAGAGCUUUCGUAUCACCAUAUGUGCAAUAGACCAGGUCCUAAGAACUGUUAAUAGGAAGAAAAUUGCUGGCGGUUGAAGAUUGCCCCAAAAGUUGUCUUCUGCAUCUUAGGGGAUCUUCAUCUUCCAAAAGGCCUCUUUUAAGGGUUGAGGUGAGGACUGUGGAAUGGAAGGCUUCUUGGAAAGGAGGGACUCUUGGUCAAAAGACUAUCCUUGAUCACCAUUCCAUUCAUACAAGGCUCCUUUACCUGAGUUAGGGCCUUCGCCCCUCCCUCUGGGUCACAGCCUAUCCCCAUACACAGUGAACCUGCAACUAGUAAAUGAUUUAGGAGGAUGCACACAGCAGGAGAGCAGGAAAUCUUUUGCCUGUUUCCUUCCUUCCAUGAGUAACCUUAAGCUGCAACCCAGUGUUUUUCAGUGGUUAGUUCACAAAUUAUCAUGUGUUGAUCAAAUGUUGUAAAUAUAUGUCUGAACAGGCACUUAGCCUGCCAUGCUCCUCUGGCGCUUUCUGCUUCAAGCGUUUUUACCCACUGGAGCCACUAACAAGAGAUAGGAAAGCACUGCAUUGCUAUAUGAUAGUUGAAAUGGGUCAAAACCUGUAUUUGUUCCCCAGCAUGCUCAAAGGAGCUUAAUGAAUUUCCUUUUGAAAAUCACAUACAUAAACACUGCUGCAGAAAAGAAAAUAAUUCUACUUUUAUGAAUAAAUACUUGUACUGACAUUGUUCCUUUUCCAACUUGCGUUCUCAGAGUGAGUAGCUAGCUAGUUUGCUAUCAGAUGUCAAUGAACUACUUAAUUCCAAAAGUUUUAUAUGCUGUAUUAUAGAACUGUAACUGGUCUUAACUUAUUUUUGUGUCAUUUCUUUCAACCUUGCUUCAGCAGGGUCAAAAUGAGGAUAGUGUAUUACCAGAAACUGGCAAUUCCUGGCCCAAGAAGAUAGUUGCAAAUGCAUUUCACAAUUUUGGCCAGAUCAGCAAAAAGUCAUUGUUCUGCAUGUUUGUAUUGCUAUGGGUUUGAACCAAAGUGGAUUCCUAGGUGCUUAACUAGCAAACAUAGUAGAAUUAUAACUCAGGUAAAUUACAGGGUAACAUAACUCUGUUAAGAGGAUGGUGCUUGAUUAAACAGGUGUAGCAUAGUGACUAAAGAGUCUUGAGCUACAAGUCACAAAGAUAACAGUUCAAAUGUCACCUCAGCUAUUCACUUGGUGGCCUUUAGGGAGCCACUCUCAGUCCCCAUCAACUGUAAUAUUGGGGGAAUGAUGUUCAUUUAGCUCAAAAAGCUGUUAUGACUACAUCUAAAUAAUGCAUAUAAACUCCAUUUGAAACUCAGCAUGAUACAAAGUUAGAAUAUUAUCCUUCAGUGAAAUUAUUUGUCAGUAUUGACACUAACACUUGCAUCCAAUUUGCUGUCCCAUUCUUAAGUUUAGCUUUCCAACUAACUGGCAAUCUUUCUACUUUGAAAGGCCCUGUUCAGAUAGAAUUUGCUGUUUAUAUUAACACUCCCAACCAACCCUAAAGAUGUAUUCAGGGGAGGAAAUUUUACCAUGACACUCCUGUCAGUUACAGGAGCAGUGUGAAUUCUGUAGUUAUUUUGGAUGGAAAGGAAUCUUUCGGUCACAGCAAUCACUGCUAGUGACAUACAGAGCAAAAUGUUUUUGUUUAAGGUCACCCUGAGUACUCUUUUUAGCCCACUGGUGAUUAUGAACGCAAACAGCUUGUGUGAUCCAGCCUAUACAUCUGUCUUCUUAUCUGCCAUAAUCAUUCUGAAUAUAUUUUCUUCAGUUCUGCAUGGUACUGCUUGAGUUUCCAAUAUGAGCAUUAAAAUUUUGUGUAGUGGUGUUAAUUACUGUAUCAAAUUGGUGGGCUUAUAUAUCUUCAUUUUACUACUUGAAGAGCUGUUUUUAAAAUGCUAGGUCUUGUUCUUUAUGUCUUUUUUUGAAUGGCUUUUCCCCCCUUGUAGACGUACUUUUUCCACUUUAAUUCCUACUGACUUUAGGUUCUCCCUCUCCAGCCUCCCAAAAAGCCACCUUAGGUGCCUACGAGUUCCUUAUGUGUUAAUUCCACAUUUGAUUUCUGUACCUGUAGCUGCCAGUCUAUCCUAUACUAGUUCAUUCCUGGAAUAAGUGCAAAAUCUAAUUUGUCCAUUUUUAAGUUCCUGGUGUUUACAUUGCAUAAAUUGGCUGCUAAGUUUUCAGUAUUAUACCAUGUUUGCCUGACUUGAAACACUUCAAACUGCACAAUAAUUACAUUUUACAACUUUGUUAAUUUGUUCUCUUUGAAGUCAGGAUUGAAAAGGGAGGACUAGUGGGUUUCAGCAUGGUUGCCAGCACAUUCUGUUUGCCACAGAUACAUUUCCUUUGCAGUUUUCACCCCUAGGUUAGUGACAGUUGAUUUUCUCCUACAAUAACAUUUUGGGUUUGGGCUCCUGUUUGCUGACCCUUUUAAGAUGAUCGGACUUUCACUGACAUUUCAGAUAGACAAUAGAGACAGUUAAGACUUCCUGGAAAGAAAAUAAUAUUGCUAUAUAAUGCCCACAUGUACAAUUUUAGGGAAGCAUACUGUUUUCAUCUGUUAAGCCAAUGGAUAUCCAGUCAAUGAAUUGCUUCCAUAUGCUUAGCCUGUGUAUUAAAACUUUUACAGGUAGUUCAGCAUGGAAGUUAUUCCAGCUAUAAUUUCUAUGUAUUUGCGGUACAAGCUAUUGUCUCUAAGAAUGUCUCAUUCUCUUGACGUGUAUCGUAAACAUUCUGCAUUUUACAUGUGUAGGGUAUUUGAAGACUAGUAUCCAAUUCAAAAUAGGCAGCGAUAGAACAACAGUAUUUUAUCAACAUAUAAUUGACUGUCGCCAUUAUGAAGACUCCAGAAUGUAACUAAGGGAAAUUCAGCUGACUUUUGCCAAAGAGUGACUAUAAGCAUUUUCUAUUUGCUUUUUGAUGGGACAGAUGAAAAUAUAAAUUGUAUUCCAAAUAUAUUUGAAUGUUCCUUUUAUUUGGACGGAUUAUUACAGUACAGAUCACAUUUUUAUUCUAGCUUGGGAAGCAAAUGAUGGAACCUUUGUCCAAACAACUAUUUCCAAAUUAUGCAACUGUUUAAUCUUUUCAUCAUUUUUAUCUGAUUGACUAAUGCUGUCAAGAUUGUUAUGUUUUUAUGUGUGGAAGAAAACAGGUAAUCCUUUACUUGAAACUUUUCAAUCUUUGUAUGCUGCAAACUAGGAGAUAGGGAGAAUUUGCUGCAAACUAGUUUAUGGGAGAUAGGGAGAAUAUUUCAGUUUGUAAAUCUUCUACAAUACUUUAAAGUGUAAUGGGCAAAUUCAUAGUUGCUGCUCACACAAUGGGACUUUUCUCUCCUUUCCCCCACACCACAACUACAUCCAUGCCCUUCUCUAGGACCUGUUCUGGAGAGUCCCAUAACCCUCCAAAACAUUUUGAGAGUACAUGGCAGGAGAGGCAAUUGUUUCUUUCCCUGUGCUUAUGGAAGUCAUUCUGCCACUGGGGGAAGUGUUAACUGGAUACAAAUCAAUGCCUUCAAUGUUUUUCCUUCCUUUCCCUAGAUGGGUUAUUUUCAAGCUGUAUAUCCCUUUUAAUCCUCACUCCUUUUGCUAAUGGACUUGUAUAAACAUUUUGCAUUUUCUAAUUUUGUUUAAGGAGUAUUCUAUAGGUGCUUAUUAGAUCUGAAACAUUUUUAACUUGGAGUUACGUAUUUCUUGCUUCUGAAUACUGAGUUUGAACUUAAAUAUUACCAUUUGGUAUCUGAGUGACAUUUGAUUUUGAAAAUUUGGAAUGUUGAAUUAUGUAUGCAACUGUUCAAUUGGGGAAAAGUAAAAGAAUGAAAAGCAACUUUC